CCACUAUAAAAGCUUCAGCAAACAGCAGCAGACAAAGGAUUGCAGGAAUCAAUGGCUCUCUCUCAAGGAAAAUGGAUCAAGCUUGACCAGAAAGGAAGUGGGCCAGGAGCAAGAAGCUCCCAUGCCAUAACAGUCGUGGGCAAAAAGGCCUACGUGUUUGGUGGCGAGCUCGUGCCACGUGUCCCAGUCGACAACAAGCUCCACGUGUUCGAUCUCGAGGAUCUUACGUGGUCGAUCGCAGAUGUGACCGGCGACGUCCCACCGCCACGUGUCGGCGUGACAAUGGCUGCAGUUGGUGGGACCAUCUACGUUUUCGGUGGUAGGGAUGCAGAUCACACAGAGCUCAAUGAGUUCUACUCUUUUGAUACAUACACAAAUAGGUGGGCCUUAAUCUCAUCUGGGGAAGAUGGGCCCACCAAUCGGAGCUACCAUUCUACGGCUGUGGAUGACCGGCGGGUGUACGUGUUUGGUGGGUGUGGGGUCGCCGGCCGGCUGAAUGAUCUUUGGGCCUAUGACGUCCAUGAUCAUGAGUGGGUCAGAUUCCCUGGGCCAGGUGAGAAAUGUCGUGGUAGAGGUGGGCCAGGCCUGACGGUUUCAGGUGGGAAGAUCUGGGUCGUAUAUGGAUUCGCUGGUGAGGAGAUGGAUGAUGUACACUGCUUUGAUCCAAUCAAAGAAGAGUGGGCCCUUAUUGAGACAGUGGGGGAAAGGCCCACUCCUCGGAGUGUGUUUUCAACGGUUGGGAUUGGGAAAUACAUAUUUCUGUACGGUGGGGAAAUCGAUCCAAGUGAUCAAGGGCAUCUAGGGGCUGGGAUGUUCUCAGCGGAAUUUUUUGCGCUGGACACUGAGACGUUGAAAUUUGAAAGAUGGGAGGACUUGGCUGAUGUGGGCCACCACCCUGGGCCACGUGGAUGGUGUGCUUACUCUGCGGCCCAGAUCAACGGCAAAGAUGGAUUGCUGGUUUACGGUGGAAAUUCGCCGACGAAUGAUAGGCUGGACGAUAUUUUCUUUUUCACACCCGAUGUGUAACGUUUCGGUGUCGGUGGGAAUCUCAGCGCGCAUUUCAUAAUGGGACUUUGGAAAUUUACAUUUUGAAAUGCUUUCUGAAUUCCCGCCAAGCCUCUUUAAAGAGUGUGGUGUGUAUGCUAGUUGAGUGAGUGUGAUAAUCUGUAGCCUUAAAUUCCUUAUUUUGAAGUGAUUUUGUGUGGACAAUGUAAUGUUUUAGGUGCACGUGUAAUUGAAAGGGCUACUUGGCCGUUGGAUGGCUUUAGAAAAAGAGCAAUGGUGAUGGACGGUUUUGAUGCA